AAUGAAUCAUCAUGUUUUUAGCGCCCCUUUUGGUUUUCUUUGUUUCCAUUACGUCUCUUAUUUAUAAUCCUUUAAAUGGUAAAAUGAUGGACAUGAAAUACAUGAAAAAAAUGGACAUAAGUGUUACCUCUUCAACUGCCAUUUUAAUGGAAAUUACGUUUGGUCAAGUUUUCAAGUUUAUCUCUUUUAAUGAUUCUUAACUUCAAGGCAAAGACGGAUCUAUGGGUGGUAAUUGUGAUGGAGACUGCGAUGGAAUGAUGAUGAAUCCAAUGGGCGAUGAAUCAAUGAUGAUGCCAAUGAUGUCAAUGAUGGGAAUGGAUGAUGAUGGAAUGAUGAUGAAAAAAUCUUCUGGAGGAGGUGGUGAUGGUGGUGGUGGUGGUUGUUGUCCAGUAAUGCAAAUUUAUUCAUCAGAAAAGUCAGCCCCAAUGAGUCCAUCAAAUUCAGAGAAACAAUCUUCAUCUCCUCCUCCACCAAAUGUACAAGUUAUGAUGCUUCCGAUGCCAAGUCCAAUGCCUAUGCACAUGAGCUCCCCAAUGCCAAUGCCAAUGCCUAUGCCGAUCCCCAUUCCCGUACCAGUUCCAUCGCCUGCUCCAUCUCCAAUGUCUAUGGUGAUGCCUGUUUCCAUGUCGAUGUCCAUGCCUAUGACUAUGAACGCUGAUAUGGGCAAUGGUGGCAAUAACAUGAUGAUGAGCCAUCCAAGUCCUAUGAUGAUGAAAUGGGCUGAUGCUCCUGGCAUGAUGAUGACUGGAUCUGGAAUGAUGAUGCCUUCAGCUGGAGCUAUGAUGAUGCCUUCGCCACCUUCAAUGAUGAUGCAUGCUCCUUCCUCAAUGAUGAUGCCUUCACCUCCAUCCAUGAUGAUGUCUGGCCCAUCAUCUAUGAUGAUGCCUAAAAUGAUGUGGUCUAAUUCACCUAUGUCUAUGAUGAUGGGAAAAUGAGAGUCAAACACCAAACACGAGUCAAUAAACCAUCUUUGAGGCAAACCUGCAACCACUUGGUACAUUUACAUAACUCUAUCGCUCUCAACUGUAAAACCUUCAAUUUCUAGACACACUCGGAUCUUUUAGUGAAUAAUUUUCCGAAAAUUUCAAUUCAAUCCCAAUUCGAAGUAUCAACAUUUAGAGCCCCAAAGAUUUAAUUAUAGAUAAUGGCCAUAAAGAGAUUUUGGUUAUUCUGGUAAUAAAUCCUGUCUAUUAUUUCAAAUAUUAAUAACAUUAUGAAUAGCCUUUGGUAUAAACUCAUCCAGAUAGUGCGUACGAAUGAUCAAGACAUUUUCAUCACGUAAUGUUUGUUGCCAUUAUUGACCUUAUAAUUGAAUCAACUAUGAAAGACACAAAGGGACCACAAGCCACAAAAAAAGGACAAAACACAGCAAGAAUAUAAACUAAAAAAACCUAAAGUAAAUAAUUUGGCUUGAAAAAAAAGCAAUGCAUAAACAUGUAUUUAUAUUAUACAUAGCAUUUUGUUUGUUGUAUUAUAAUCAUCAACAUCAGCAUCUUCAUCCAACUCAUCACCAUCAACAUCAUCUUCAUUCUUAAUAUUCAGCAUUAUGUUCAUUUUUAUUGU